AACGGGCCAGGCGAGGGAGCCGGAUAAAGAAAGGAGAGCAGAGGAGAAGGAAAAAAACUGCCGAGAAGAGAGGGGAGCAAGCAGCGCUAUUCGACCAACGGAUAGGACAAGGCCAGCCACGGCUGGUCGGACGGGUUGGAGUUUAUUAAAAAAUGUAUUUUAUUCCGUCGUUUUAUUUGAUCCUGUAGGCUACUAGCUACAAUACUUCUUCCCAGCCGUGCAGGUUUUUCCUGGGAAAAGAAGGCAACGAAAACGGACACGUUGGGGAUUUCUGUGGACUAGUAACGUUAGCCGAGCUGUUGUAGGCUAGUGUGGCGCUACUCUUCUUUCUCAUUGUUAGAAAAACACGGAGAUACAUGGUGGUUGGAUUCCAAACUGGUUCGCCUACAUUCCCCGUCGCUUUCCACGAGACAGCGUUUGGAUAUCGGCCGGAUUAUUAAUUUGUCGAAUGCAGGAGUAACAUUUGUGACAAGCUAGUCUGCUAAUUGUUGCCAUUUUUCUCCCUGGCAGCGGCAGCUCGGUUCGUCCUCCCUCCCCUCUUUGUCGUUCGCCAAGCUGACCAUUUUAAAGGCAGCUCUACCUUUCCAGGCUUUAUUUUUCCCCCCGUGGCCUCCUCGCUCCCUCUAUCUGCCUCGACCGUGGAACUACUGUUAGAACCCUGCACCCGUGUUCGACUCGGAAUGCAAAAUAAAUCUAGGCCGGGUUAUGCCAAAGAAAAUAGUGUUUAUUUGUUUACAAAUACUGUGUAGGCCCAGAUCGACCGUUUACUUGCUUUUUUGUUUUACUUAGACAAUUGCAUGUUUACAGUUUGCUUGCUGCUAUUGGUCAUUUGAACGAGCAAUGGCAUUUUGUAGUUAGUUUGAUUUCUUCCUUUGUUUAUUGGCUACUUUUCAUAGUUUAGUUUGUCUUCCUUUGUUUAUUGGCUACUUUGAAACACUCGGUGUUUCGAGUCAGGGACAUUAAACUGUAAAAGGCAACUGGCCUGGGCUACCUCUGGGGAAAAAAUAUACUAUCUUCUCAUCUUCCUCCCUUCAUCGGACAACGGUCACCUUUUCCCUCCCUAGUUUUGUCGCAAAAACGGCGAGAUUUUUCUGAAAGGCAUGGAGGACCAGGCCCGCAUGAUGUCGGGUCUCGUCGGGCUGUCCGGACUGUCUCAGGUCGACGUGGGAGACCAUGACGCCGGGAGGAAGCAGCACUCCCUCGGCCAACCGCAGCAGGACAUCGGGGAUAUCCUCCAGCAGAUCAUGGCCAUCACGGACGAGAGUCUCGACGAGGCCCAGGCCAGGAAACAUGCGUUAAACUGCCACAGAAUGAAGCCCGCCCUCUUCAGUGUGCUGUGUGAGAUCAAAGAAAAGACAGUCCUCAGUAUCCGUGGCAUCCAGGAUGAGGAUCCACCAGAUCCUCAGAUCAUGCGAUUGGACAACAUGUUGCUGGCAGAGGGCGUGUCCGGCCCAGAGAAGGGCGGGGCCUCGGCGGCGGCAGCGGCUGUGGCGGCGGCGGCCGCAGGCGGGUCUCCUAACGACGGCAGUAUAGAACACUCAGACUACAGGGCCAAGCUGACUCAGAUCAGAGGAAUAUACCACUCUGAACUGGAGAAAUAUGAACAGGCGUGCAGUGAGUUCACCAACCACGUGAUGAACCUGCUGAGGGAGCAGAGUCGUACGCGGCCCAUCUCUCCCAAGGAGAUCGAGCGCAUGGUGGGGAUCAUCCACCGCAAGUUCAGCUCCAUCCAGAUGCAGCUCAAACAGAGCACCUGUGAAGCCGUCAUGAUCCUGCGCUCCAGAUUCCUCGACGCCAGACGGAAGAGACGUAACUUCAACAAGCAGGCUACUGAGGUGCUGAAUGAGUACUUCUACUCCCACCUGUCUAACCCCUACCCCAGUGAGGAGGCCAAGGAGGAACUGGCCAAGAAGUGUGCCAUCACCGUCUCUCAGGUGUCUAACUGGUUUGGUAACAAGAGGAUCAGGUACAAGAAGAACAUAGGGAAGUUCCAGGAGGAAGCGAACCUGUAUGCUGUGAAAACAGCUGUAGAUGCAGCCAGCGUCUCCUCACAGGCCAGCCAGGCCAACUCCCCCGCCACGCCCAACUCAGGCUCGCCAGGGUCGUACAGUCGGCCCAACACAGGCCACGCCCACCCCGGUUUACACCCGACCAAUGGGGAGGGGUUAUUUUUCAGCCCUCCUCUGCAGCCUCAGGUGGAUACCCAGCACCGUGCUACACUCCUGACGGGAUGUUAUGAGGAGCUGCCUGGAGGAACUCUGUUUCCUCCCCACUGUCUCCAUGUUGAUAGUGGAUGGCAGGACAGCACCGACCCCCCCUCCCUCACCCCCCCUCACGGGGCACCGGGCAGCGUGCACUCGGACACCUCAAACUGAGACACACACUCACCCCAAACGGCCCCCACCCCUCUCCCCUUCAAAUUCCACUUCCUCCACCCUCACACAGUCACCCCCCCCAUAUCAGUCGUACCUCAAACUGAAACAACUUCCCCCUGCUUUACCUGUACCUGAGCAUCCCCCUCCUCUCCCUCCACACCAUCCUCCCCCUCCUCCCCCAUCCCUCUCCCCUCCACUCCCGAUGCAACAUAACUCCCUAGCUCUUUUCUCUUCUCUCUCCCCAUCCCUCUCUCUCUCCUCCUCUCUCCUCUCUCUCCUCCUCUCUCUCCUCUCCUCUCUCUCUCCCCUCUC